GAGAUGUCCGCAGUUACAAAUGUGAAAAUGUAACUUGUCGUGAAGUCAAUGGCUUGCCUAUGACUGACAGGAGCUCUGAGAAGUGCUCUUACUUGAGUCAAAGUGACUGUGAUCCUUGCUUUGACUAUGUGAAACAAGAAGAUGAGUGCUGUGGAUUAUGUCAACAAAAAUGCUGUGUUUAUAAUGCGCCAGACAAGACCAAACACUUUCUCCAGGAUCGAGAGGCGUACAAGUUCCAAUGUACGACUGGUACCUGCAAUAAAGUGAAUGGCUCGUUUGUUAUUAUGGAGAGCAUUGAAAAAUGCCCGGACUUUAAUCCAGAGGACUGUAUACCUGAAACAAUACAAUUUGACAUAGAUGGAUGUUGCAGGAAGUGUGAACCCAAAAACUGUGCUAUUGUGAAGAACGUCACCCGUCUGCAUGUCAAUGAUUGCACUUCCAUCGAGGAUGUAGAAGUCACUUCCUGCACAGGCCACUGUGGCAGCAAAUCAAUGUAUUCUAUGGACAUGAACAAUAUGAUGCACAACUGUUCUUGCUGCCAGGAGGAGAAUUACAGCACACUGCCGGUGAAGCUGAAGUGUGCCAAUAGCAGUGAGAUCCUUCAUCACUACAUGCACAUAGACAGCUGCUAUUGCCAACCACUUAAGUGUAACGGGACUAGCAUUGGAUAAAAGUUCCUGCUUUGAAUAUGACUUAGUCUGAUUCAUAAAGAAAACAAUUAUUUUAAAAUGUCUAUCCAAGCUGAUUGUUGUACUGCAUUAUUGGCUCAAUUUAUUUAGGCAAAUAUUGCACUAUUAUUUUUGGUUUUUAUAACCAUGGUGAUUGUUAACUCUAAGAAAAAUCCAUUUUGUAAUCUCUUGAAGGGACUACUGGGCAUUUUUUUACUUUUAUUUGUUACACUCUCUGGUAAUGCAUGAUAUAAUAAUCCACUGUAAUUUUUCUUUCCAAUGACAUGAAUUAAAAUAAAGCAUAAUAAAGAGCAUCAA